AUGCCCACGCGGCUUCUGUACACGUUACUUUGGCUCCUCGUCCUAUGCAACUUAUUCAAUGUCGGGUUACCAGCAUCUCGCGAGAACGAGACUUCGCGCGAGAGCGUCGCGACUGCGGAUGAGAUCGUUGCAGGGAGAGUGGACGAAAUGGAAUCCGAGUUGGAAGAGGCGUUGGCUGGAAGGAGGGAAGGGGAUGCAGCAGCAAAAAAAGUUUCGAGCAUGACACCAGUAGACAACACGAGCCUCACGGUCGGCGACAAGCACCGCUCUCCACCGCUUUCUGUUUCAGUGGUCCUGCAGUCUCUCUCAACCGCCUCCCCUGCAGCAGCCAAUGCCUUGCUAAGAGCAGACUCGUUACCAGCACAAGCAGCAGCACGGGAUAGCUCGGUUGUUGUAGCUGCUCCCUCUGCACCUUCUCCUUCACACAGCAGCGCAUCAGAAACGGGGAGGACAGUUGAUGUGGACUGGGGGAGGGUGAACUGGGGGAGGGCCAUUACCCUGAAGGAGAGGGAGGCGGAGGAGCGAGCCAAAGUGGGUGCAAAGCGGUGCUAUGGGAUGCAGAGGGCGUUCCGCAUGGGGUUUGAGAGGGGCAGCAUGGCGUGGGAACCGCAGGCUGAUCGUUACGUGCUCAUGGACUGCCAUCGCAACCAGAUGAGCAACCGCAUUCGCUGCAUCAAGAACCACCUGCUGGUAGCAGGAGUGUUCAAUCGCACCCUCGUGGUGCCCCUGCGAGCGAAUGAGGUCACCCGUCACUACGACCGCCGCACCUUCUUCCACCUCCCGCACACGCGGCUGUGCUACGGGCCAAGCUCGGCCAUCUCCCUUGACGACCUGCUCGCUCUGCCUGCUGCGACAGCCCCUGCAGCCGGGUCGGAACCCGCACCAGCAGGUUCGGAAACAGGAGCAACAGCAGAAGCCCUGAGUGCCACAGUGCAAGUGGACCAGGUGCUGUGUCUGCAGAAGCAGUGCUACAACCAGUCUUCUGCUUCCCGCGAUGACCUCCCCUCCCUCUCCGGCAUCACCUACCCUCCGAACCUCACGCUCACGAUCGGCAACGGCCCUGAGCCUCUGGAGAUCCCGAAGCUCCUGGCACUGCAAUCUUUGAUUCAGCCAACCGCCAGGGUUAUUCUGGUUGGGGAUCUGGGAUCCGUGCAUCUCACGUUUCCAGGGAAGAAUUACCUGGACGUUCCUUUUAGGCAGUCUCCUGAAUGCCCUAAUGCUCUGGCUGUGGCUCCGCACCCUGCUAUCCUGGAAGCUGCUAGGGAGUUUGUUCGCAGUGUGGUGCUGCUGGGCGCCAGGAGGAAGUGGGAGGCUGCUGAUGCUGCUCUGGAAACGGAAGGAGGUAGAGUUGCUAACCAAGAGCAGCAGCAGCAGAGGAAGCUGCAGCAGGAGGAAGAGGGGAGGCAGGGAGGGAAGGAGCAGGAGGGAAGGCGUGCAGUUGGUCGGUACGUGGGGGUGCAUUGGAGGCGAACGGACCUGAUGCAGCACAGCAACCCCAAUGCACGGCUCAGUGUGGAGCAUGCGGGUGCAUGUCUGGUGAAGGCCAUGGGCAUGGCUGGGAACAUCUCCACCAUGUUCCUCGCCUCCGAUACUGACGACCGCGAGGUGGAGGCACUGGAGAAGUUUAUGAAAGAAAGGAUUUCGGGCUUUAAGCAACAGCUGCUUCCUCCGCGUGCGCACUGGCGGGAGUUUUGCGGCCCCAAGCGGGGAACCGCUAGGAGGCUGCGCGCGGGCCCGGAUAGCGCAGGCGCGCGGAUUUUGCGCGUGUCCAUUCCCCGUGCGUCGGGGGGAGAGCAGCGGGAUGGCGCGCGGAUGAACCGGGACGUGUGGACGCGAGAGGAUAGCGCAAGCGGGAGGGGGAGAACAGGGGGAAGGGGAAACGAUGGGGGAAGUCGAGGGGGAGCGGAAAGACGGGAACGAGGCCGGUAUUCAGAAGAAUCUGUGUCCGGGAGAAGAGGGUUUAGGGGGGAUGGCGCAGGACGGGGAGGUGCGCGCGUGGAGAGGAGGGGGGAAUGGAGGCGGAACGGGGGAGUGGAACGACCGGGGGAGCCGGAGGAAGGGCGCGGGGUGAAGGACACGGGUGGGUUGGUAGGGGAGGCGGGGGAGGGGGAGCAGCAGGGGAAGGAGGAGGAGCAGGAGGUGAUUCGAGAGGAAAUCUCACCGCACAGAGCAGGUGCGAGGUGUUGGUUGGACGCUGCUGUCGUCCGUCUGCUACGAGUGGAGCAAGGAGGAGCCUAUGCCGUCAUUCUCUCAUGCGCGGCAGCAGGGGAGGGGUUGAUUGAUUUAUUCCCCCCUCCUUCCCUUCCCCUCUCUCCCCUCUGCCACCACUGCCACUGCCACUCCCAGCGGCUGUCGUCCCUCGUGGCAGGUGUCACCCGGUGGAGGCGCUAUCUGGAUUUUCUACUCUCAGAGUUUUUUUCGGGCAGCCCGAGCGAGCUGGAUAGGAUGGAGCCGCUGCUGAAGCAGAUUCUCCGUUUGGGGAUGUUUGAGCUUGCAAAGAUGGACACACCCCCACAUGCGGCAGUCAACGAGGCAGUCAAGCUCGCUCGGGCAGCCUUACGGCCAGGAGCCGCCUCAUUGGCUAAUGCUAUUUUGCGGGCAGCUGUUCGGGCACAGGAGCAAGGGCCACUGCCAGCCCCAUCGCUGCACGACGCAAUGACAGACCGAGACAAGGCGCGCGCGCUCGCUACCCUGCACUCUCACCCCGUGUGGAUGGUGCGGCGGUGGGCCGACAGGCUGGGGUGGCGCGAGGCAGAGCGGCUCAUGGAAAGCAACAACGCUCGCCCCGUCUUCUCCCUCAGGGCCAACACUGCCAAAGGGGUAUCGCGAUCCGAUCUGCACUCCUUGCUGCUGGCGCUCCCUGAGGUGGAGGUGGAGGAUUCACCGUACCUGGACGAUUUCAUCCGUGUGAAAGCGGGCAUGCAGCAUGUGCUCACAGCGGGGCUCAUAGAGGACGGCUCGUGCAACGUGCAGGAUGAGAGUGCAGGGUUGGUGGUGCGAGUGUUGGAUCCCCAGCCAGGGGAGACGGUGGUGGACUGCUGUGCUGCGCCGGGGGGCAAGGCUAUGUAUGCCGCUGGGCUCAUGCAGGGGACAGGGCGGCUGGUGGCAGUGGAUGUGAACGAGGGGCGAGUGCGCAUGGUGGCGCAGGCAGCACAGCGGCAAGGGCUGCAAAGCACAGUGGAGUGUGUCGUUGCUGACCUACGGUCCUAUGCGGUGUCAUCCCCCCUGCGUGGGGCGGCAGACCGAGUGCUGCUGGAUGCCCCCUGCUCCGGCCUUGGAGUGCUGGCCAAGAGGGCGGAUCUGAGGUGGAGGCGGACAGUGGAGGGGGAGGCGCAGCUCACAGCCCUACAGGACGACCUGCUGGAUGCUGCUGCCAGUUUGGUGCGGCCGGGGGGGCUGUUGGUGUAUUCCACAUGCUCCAUAGAGCCAUCGGAGAACGAGGACAGGAUCACCACCUUCCUGCAAUCACACCAUGUAUGA